AUGUGGGUUAUAACACCAGAGGAAAAAGCAAAGAAUGAUAAUCAAUUUUACAUGAUGAAUCCUGUUGCUGGCUAUCUAACAGGUGAACAAGUGAAAUCAUUCUUCCUCCAGUCAGGACUACCUCAACCAGUUUUAGGCAAAAUAUGGUCAUUGUCAGACUUGACUUCAGAUGGAAAAAUGGACAAAAGAGAGUUCUCAAUAGCAAUGCAUUUAAUAAAGAAAGCACUGCUCGGUUUUGAGAUACCGCAUGUCCUUCCUCCUAACUUUCUGACUGAUGUUGCAGCAGGGUCUGUUUUCAAUCCUGGCAUAAUGAACGCCAACAUGGUUGGAGGCUUGUCUGCCACUCCAACACUGCCAUCAUCGUCAUCAUCGGGUGAGUGGAUCAUCACCCCAGGGCAGAGGUUGCGCUACAAACAGAUGUUCAACAACCAUGACUCACAACAUAAGGGCUACCUCACCGGCUUGGAAGCCAAAAGUUUGCUGUCCCAAUCAGGUCUCACCCAUACAAUACUUGCCCAGAUAUGGUGUUUGGCAGACAUAGACACAGAUGGCAACUUAUCUCCAGAUGAGUUUUGUGUAGCAAUGUAUCUUAUUGACCAAGCUAAAUCUGGAUUUCCUGUGCCUGCAACGUUGCCCGUGGAUUUGGUGCCUCCAUCGUACAGGAGAACCAGGAGGAUGAGUGAGAAUGUUCACUUGCCUCAAGUCAGCUCCAUGCCUGGACUUUCUUCUUCUGCCGGUCGUUUGUUUCAAUUAUCUAAAUUAAUUACACGCGAAACAUCGCUUACAAAGUGGCUUCUUGUAUUUAACUUUCACUCACUUAUUUGAUUUCCUUAUUGUUGCCCAUGCUGCUUGUUUUGUAAAAAUGUAAAAAAGUUACAUAAUUCUUUUUUUGCAACAAUUU